CAUAGUAUAUUUGAAGUGUAUUGGAAUCUUAAGGAUAAAAUUUUUUGCCAAUCAAAACAGUAAUUCGGGACAAGAUGAGCAAAAGAAAGGACAACAUUUCUAAUAAUACUUUUUAAACAAAGCAUUUCGGGCAUUUCAAUGUAUUACUAGUAUAAAGUAUUUGCUAAUGAAAGCGCAACCAAACUGAUUGCCUUGUUAAGGAAGUAAUUUAACGUUUGUCAUACACAACUAUACGGCAAAUACAAACAUACACAUGGGAAAUCCAUUUUCAAAAGAAAGACAGAAGACGGCUAAUAAAGUUGAAUUAUAUUUGAAAGAUGUAUUUGAAAGGGAAUGUGUCUACAAAAUAGAACGAGAAGAAGUAGAAUUUAUCCAAACUGGAAUUGAGACAAUUGUUCAGAGGAUUGCUGAUAAAGUCCUAGACAAUGAUACUUUACAGGAAAGUAUGAAAAUUAAAUUUGCAAAAUAUUUAAAGGGACAAUUGAUAAAAAGUCCAAUAAAUAUAUUUGGUGUCGGGAGUUUUUAUGAAGAAACCAGAAAUAAUUUUCCAGACGAAUUUGAUUUUAUUCUCACUCUCUUCUGUUGUGAAGGUACGUUUGAAGAAUACAAACAGUUUCUCCUUGAAGCAAGCGUUUUUAAUACAGUUGCAGACACUUUUUCACAGAAAGUAAAAGAAUUAUCCGAACUAAAUAAAGAUGCCUUACUCUAUACUGCUCCUGAUCCUAAAUGUGCACGAAAACUGUAUUUUGGUAAAUAUUUGCGUCAGCAUGGUCCGGCGACAUGGUUAAGAUUUAUUUACGAAAGUGAAUCAAACAGGAAAAAAGAGAUAGAUGUAGAUUAUGUUGCAGCUUUACAUAUAUCUAACAGGAAUGUUUUGAAUCAGGUUGUAAACGAAUCAUGCGUAUUGACAGAAUUUGCUCAAGAGACGUUGUCAGUCGGUAGUUGCUUUUGUAUAGGAGCCAAUUUUUCUUUAACUCAGACAGAGGUACAUAUUAUGAGAAACAUAUUAUCAGAGAAACAUAGACAAAUUUACAGAAUCCUGAAAUAUCUCAUAAAUGGACAUGGUGAUGUUGACAAACUUGAUAAUUUAGGAAAUUUUGAUAAACCCUACUCCUCAUAUAUGAUUAAAACUUUGAUGAUAUAUCAUCAUUUUAAUUGAAAAACGUUCGACACUGUUAAUUUAGGACCUUGUAUCUUGGAUGUACUAGGCGACUUAUGUAGAUAUAAAAAUACAUCAGAGUUCCCUAGCUUAUACAAAAUUGACUAUAGAACAAAGAUUCGAUGCGACUUGUGUCUCCUGACUUCCCUUAGAACAUUGGCAGACUGUUUAAGGUCAAUGCAAAGACUUUCAGGAAGCAGCUAUGACUAUGAGAGAGACAAAAUAAAAGAGUCAUUAUCAAAAAAAUACCUUGACACAUUAUGCAAAUAAGAGUUGACAAGGAUCUUCAACUCUAAAUUGAAAUUGAGUCAAAAGUAUAUUCUACGAAAACCUCUUCGUGUGGUGCUGAGUAUACAAAACAUAAAUGUUUUAAUGAAACCAUUGAAUAAAUAUAUUUUGAUUUUUAAUAGAUGUACAAUGGAGCUGAUAUCUUGGAACACAAAACAUUAUAACUUUUAAUCAUGAUUAU